UUCCCCACAACUCACACGUAGUAACUACUCUCCUCUCUAAAUAUCCUCUCCUUCUCGGCAAAUAAACACCAUUUUCACUUCCUCAUGGCUUCUGCAACUUCUAAUUUCUUCCUUUUCUGUCUUAUUAUUUUCUGCAAUUUUCUCGGAACCUUAACCGCUCGGGAAAUUCGUAGUAAUAAUAACACAAAUUCCUUUCCUCUUACCUCAACUUCCUUGUCUCGCGGCGGUUAUCGGCGGCUCGGUGACGUGGCGGCGGGGACGACGUCGUUUAACUACAAGUCGAGUUUCAAGUAUUCGAUGGCUCUGGUGGUGACGCUUCCGAUAGGGACGCCGGCGCAGGCUCAGGCGAUGGUUUUGGACACCGGGAGCCAGCUGUCAUGGAUUCAGUGCCACAAGAAAGCUCCGCCAGCGAAGGCGCCGCCGACGACGUCGUUUGACCCGUCGCUGUCGUCUUCGUUCUCGGUCCUCCCCUGUAACCACCCCGUGUGUAAACCGAGAAUUCCCGAUUUUACCCUCCCGACUACGUGCGACCAGAAACAGCUCUGCCACUAUUCCUACUUCUACGCCGAUGGUACUUACGCGGAGGGCAAUCUCGUCAGGGAAAAAGUUUCGUUUUCCGAUUCCCAGACUACCCCUCCUUUGGUCCUCGGUUGCGCGACGGAGUCCGGCCAGGCUGAGGGCAUUUUGGGAAUGAACCGUGGUCGCCUCUCCUUCGCCUCCCAAGCUAAGGUACAGAGAUUCUCUUACUGUGUGCCAGUCCGACAAGGUGACCAUGCAAUAAAGCCCACCGGAACAUUCUAUCUCGGUCAGAACCCAAACUCCGGCACGUUUCACUACAUAAACAUGCUAACAUUCUCCCGGAGUCAACGCAUGCCCAACCUCGAUCCCCUGGCAUACACCGUCGCCCUGUCAGCGAUUAAAAUCGGCGGCAAGAAGCUCAACAUCCCGCCUGCCGUCUUCCGCCCCGACGCCGGCGGCUCUGGCCAGACCAUGAUAGAUUCCGGCACGGAGUACACUUUUCUGGUGGAAACAGCCUACAACGCGAUCCGGGAAGAAGUGGUUCGCCUCGCCGGAGCAAAGAUGAAGAAGGGGUACGUCUACGGCGGGAGCCUGGACAUGUGCUUCGACGGCAACAAUCCGGCGGAGAUCGGAAACUUAAUCGGCGACAUGGCCUUCGAAUUCGACGACGGGGCGGAGAUUCUGAUCGGGAAGGACAGGAUUCUGGACGGCGUGGGCCGUGGAGUCCACUGCCUUGGCAUCGGACGGUCAGAAUCGCUUGGGGUGGCAAGUAACAUCAUUGGAAACUUCCAUCAGCAAAAUCUUUGGGUGGAAUUUGACUUGGUUGGUCAACGAGUGGGGUUCGGAAAAGCUGACUGUAGCAGGGCUUAGUCCACUGGCAAUACUAUACUAAACUCGUCACAUAAAAAUUUACAGUCGUUAUCAAGAGAAAGUACGUUAUAAGUAAAAAUGACCAAAAAUAUUGAUGUGUGAGAAUUAAAAUUGUACGUGAUCUCUUAUAGGGUGUCGGGGACGUUGUGAGAACAAGUAUAUAUAGUUUAAAGUAUUUAGCUUGUAGUAUUGUAUAUAUAUUUGGAUAUGCUAACAAUAUUGGAUCAUGAUGUUAUUAGAGUUUGAUAAAUAACUCUUUAUGUUUAUUGAUCACUUUUUUACAAACCAUAUUAAUACUACCUGUUGGUUCAGUAA